AGUACGUACCGGUACCGCUUUUCGACGUCGAUUUAAGUAAACACCCACAACGACGUCGGCUUCAGAAGAAGGGUGUUUAUAUGUCCUGGAGCUGGAGGAGUGGAGCAGAAUAUCUUUGGAAAAAUCAAAAUCUAUUAUCACUCAUCUCUGAAGAUUUAGUGGACAAUGGUAAAAUUUCGCAAAGGCGGCGCAACAGACGCAGGAACCACCGAGAAUGACUCCCCCUCCAGGGGCAGCAUUGGAGGAAACAGUAUGGAUGAAGUAGACUUGGGCUGGGGUGGAGGUCUAGGAUCCCUUUCCCGUGAUGGUCCGCUUGGGAAAGGCUUUGGGUCCUUUGACGGGCAAGCUGAAGCUUCGGCUAGAGGAGAAUGUGAAGAUGAAUUCACAGUAGAGCAAGCUGUUGAAGCUAUAGGAUUUGGAUGGUAUCAAAUUAGGAUAUCAGCUCUGACAGGAUUCUGUUGGAUGGCUGAUGCGAUGGAGAUGAUGAUAUUAUCUAUCCUGUCACCUAUUUUGAGAUGUGAAUGGAGAUUAAGUUCAUGGCAGGAAGCCCUUAUCACAACCGUUGUAUUCAUUGGUAUGUUCAUCAGCUCCACCAUCUGGGGUAUGAUCUGUGACAAAUUUGGGAGAAGAUCGGGUCUCAUCAUUGCCAGCGCCUGGAUCUUCUAUUUUGGAGUAGUGAGCAGUUUUGCCCCUACGUUCGGUUGGAUUCUUGUUAUGCGAGGCUUAGUUGGAGUCGGUGUUGGAGGAGUCCCCCAAUCGGUCACUCUAUAUUCUGAAUUUCUACCAUCCAAAGUCAGAGGAUUGUGUGUUACAUUUAUUGAGUUGUUUUGGGCUAUUGGUACAAUCUUUGAGGUGUGCUUGGCUCUUAUAGUCAUGCCCUCUCUUGGAUGGAAAUAUCUUCUCUUAUUCUCAUCAAUCCCUAUGCUCAUCUUCAUCUUAUUAUGCAAGUGGUUACCAGAGAGUGCAAGAUACCAGGUUGCAUGUGGUAAUCAGCAAAAAGCACAUGAAAUCCUCAAGAAUGUUGCUUUGGCAAACAACAAACCCAUGCCUCUGGGAAGACUACGAUGCGGAGAUGCGGAGAAACGUGGAUCAUACAGAGAUCUGUUCAGAACUAGAGAGUUAGGAAUAACAACAGGACUUUUACUCUUCAUAUGGUUUGCCAAUGCAUUCUCAUACUAUGGUCUGGUUCUGCUCAGUACAGAACUGUUUGCUUAUGGAGAUUCUUGCUCAGGUGCAGGAAAGACAGCGACUGAUGACAUGGGAUGCUUUGAUGAAUGUAAAACACUCACUACGGCCGAUUACGUUUCUCUCCUCUGGACUACGCUGGCUGAAUUACCCGGACUUGUGAUAACAUUCCUGAUCAUUGAGUUACUUGGACGUAAGAAGACCAUGGCUGUGGAAUUCCUCUGUUUUUCUCUCUUCACAUUCCUCAUAUUCAUGUGUACAUCAAGAACGGUGUUGACUAUUUUUCUCUUUGCUGCAAGAGCAUUUAUCUCAGGGUGUUUCCAGGCAGCCUAUGUAUAUACCCCAGAGGUCUAUCCAACCACCACUAGAGCAGUAGGUCUUGGUAGUUGCAGUGCUGCUGCAAGAAUAGGUGCUAUCAUUACCCCAUUUGUGGCACAGGUACUUCUUCCAGUCUCAAAGAACUUGACUGUAGGUGUGUAUGGGACCGUGUGUGUCUUUGGUGGAAUAGCAUGUCUUUUUCUUCCCAUAGAGACUAAAGGCAGAGCUAUGCAGUCAUCCAACCAAUAACCAGUCAGAAUCCUGAUGAAGCAUCACUCUUGGAAGACGAUCUUCAUGGAUUCUAUGUUAGAAAGAAAUUCACCAUCACAAACCUCUCUGUUAAAGCACCUCCUAACAUAAUCAGAGGCAAACUGGAUCUGAGAAGGUAAAAUACAUCACAAUAGCAUAGAAAAUAAACAAAUUGAAUCUGUUCUUGAUGCUAUUAUCUGAGUCAACCGCAAGAAUAAAGAGAAAGCAACUUCAAAUGAUAUAACAUUGGUGUAGACAUUUGACAUCAUGCUGUUUAGGUUGGUGGAUAAGACAGUUAAUCACAUCCCCACUGUACUAAAGGUAAAGCCUUCGCCAGUGAUCUUAAAUAGAAACUAAAGAAAUCAGACUACAAGUUGUGACUUGACUGUCCAGAGUCUACUCUAUAAGUACAACUGAAUUAGGCAGUAUGCAACAAUGUCAUGCUUGCUUUGAUAAAAAAAAAACAAAUCAAACAGCCAUUUUUAUCAUAGAGAGCUAUUAAAACAUUCCACUUCUGAUAUCACAAAAAUAUGUUUUCAGUACUGCUCAGCACCCGACAUUCCAGGGGCCUGUAACAGUACACAAAGGUUAGAGAUUGAUUGUAAAAUUGAUUUGUAUGCUUGAAUGUGCAUGGAAAUCAGUACAAUCAAGUGUUCAAAUCAGCCUAUGGUCAAGUGCUUAAAGCUGUGUGUUCAAAAACAUGAUAUUUAAUUCCAAAUGUUGUUGUGGAAGGUCCUAGAAAAAUGUGCACAUCGCCUUCCCGCACAAAAGCCAUUUGCGCAUACUGUUAACUGCACGAUAAAGGUCCUUUCGCAGGAAGGCGACGUGCAGUGCGUGCUAACGGCCUUUGUGCAGGAAGGCGAAGCCUUUGUGUGGGAAGGCAACAAUGUAGCUGUCUAACAGUGAUUUCCUUUAUUAACUGCAAAAAGCCACUUGCCCCUGUCAAAUUUCAUUGAGUAUUGCCAGUUUUGGUAGAUUAUGAAUUUAAUCAUAAUCUUUCUUUUAAUGUCAUUUGCAAGAGAACGAGUGACAGAGAGAGAGAGGGAAAGAGAAGGGAGAGAAAUGGUGAUGGAGGGAAGGAUGAAAACAAAAGAUUUUUGUAUGGCAAUUUUCCUUCUCACUACCAUUAUUUGUAUUUUUCCAAAGCUAUUCUCAGUUAGAUACUUGUAUGUGUUUUUAUUUCAUGUUUGCAAAUUGAAAAGGGGAUGUGAUGCUCUGUACUAUAGGUCACACAUGUACCAUAUGCAAUUUAACUUUUUCAAUUUUAUGUGUAACUGCCAUAGGGUGAAAUGAAAAUGAAUAUCUUGUAUUCUUUGAAUUGUAAUGGUAUUCAUGAAUUAAGUUUGGCAACUUUACAUCAGUAAGGAAAAUACUGAAAUACACAUUGACUGCAUGUAAUGAGAGGCUGCAAGAUUUGAUAUAUUUGGGGAAUUCAGAUAAUGAAAAUGGAUUUGUCAAUAAGUCCAGGGUAGCGCUAGUAUUAUAACCAAAUUAAAAGAUCUUCCUCUUGAAAAAGAAUGCUGAAGUUGAACAGAGGGUUAUUUGUAUGUCUCCAUAUCUGAAUUUUAUUUUCACUUAUCAAGUGAAAAAGAAAAGAAAAUAGGUACUGAAUGUUAGCUGUAAAUGUACUUUAGAUCAAUUCAAAUAUUAUUGAAAUACUCAUGAAAAAAUAUAUUUUGUCUCAUAGAAAUGAAAAAUGAAUUAUUACAGAUCAACAUAUACGAUUUCAAAUUGAUAUAAAGAGUAUGUUAAUUAAGCAUGAUUCAUUUGACACAUUUCACACACUUGAAUGUAUUUAUCCAAAGCAAGAAAAGGCAAUAAUAUGUAAAUGUAUGUUAGUGAAUGGUGAGCUUUCAGUAGAAUGGUGUUUCUAGUAGUACUAAUGUUCGGUGUGUGUUUUGAUAGUAUGUGGAUCUAGUAUGUAUAUUUUAGCACCAAAUGGUCUAUGUUUAUACAAUAAAUGAGAAUUAUGAGAUCUAUGUUUUGCUUAUAUGUAUUACCAAAAAUAUAUGAAUGUAAUCAAAAGUUGUUUAUAUGACAAACUGGGCUGUUAUUCUUUGUCAUGGGUAGCCAAGAUAUGCUACUGUGUAUUGACAACUAUUGAGCUUUAAAGCGACCUUCCAUUGACAAAUCAUUGGGAAAUCAAGGCCAAGGCUACUCUCAGAACAGAGAAGGGAUUUAAGCCUCUCAGUCGGCUGCAUGCCUGGGGGUGUUAUGUAAUAGACGCCGGCAUAUCUGGGAGGUCUAAUAUAGGAGAGCAAUAGUUAGUAGAAUAACCAACCAGAAAUAAACUGCGUGUUUGCACUAUGAAACAUGUAACUUCACAGAAGUUAUUUAUUUUUGUUUAGCAAUCAAGAGACCUGCUAAGAGUCUAGGAAUUGGGAUUGUUGGAAACUAGAACUGCGACGACCCAAAGUAAAUAACGAUCACGAGUUCGGAACAAAUUUGUGCUGUCCGAACUUUUAUCGCAUCAGUCCGACAGGUUCAUGACGGACGGAUCAUGUUAUGCAAAUCAAUUGGCCCUUUGCAAAUUUCAUAUUGAUUCGAUUUCCCCAUGAUUUGUCAAUGACAGGCCGCUUUAAUAGCAGUGUCAUAGCUUGCAGGCCAAGUAGACGCAUUCUACUUUUAUGGGUAAAAGAAUAAAAAUAUGGGGAUAAGUAGGAGCCAAAUAGGCUACUGGAGUCAAAAUUUGAAGGAGCAGUUUUGAGAGCUAUCCUCCAGCUUCAGAUGUUGAGAUGUGCAUUGAUCUGAUGCUUGCUCCUGGCAUCAGAGAGGCAUGACCUGAAACUGGAUAAGGCCUCUGGUAUCAUUCACAAGAUAAUUUCAAUGAAUGACCAUUUUAUGGUACCUUUUACUUCAU